CUAAAUUGAAAUUGAAAUUGAAAUGAAGAUCUGAUCAAAGCAAAAAUGAGUGGGAGUAAACUGUGUGCAUUGUUGAGUGAAUUAGGUUACGAAGGCGCAGAUACAUUGGACCCUGACAGUUUCGAGUGGCCCUUUCAAUACGAUGACGCACAACCUAUUCUCGAUUGGAUCUGCUCUUCUCUUCGUCCUUCCAACGUUCUCUCCCUCUCCGACCUCUCUCAGUGUGAUCAAUUUCUGCAAGAAGGAAAGCUACUGGAAGGGGAAGACCUGGAGUUUGCUUAUGAUAGCAUUUCAGCCUUUUCUUCCCGGAGAGACAACCAGGAGGCUGUGUUUGGGGCCGAAGAAGGAUUGAAAGAUAUAAAGGAAGUGACUCUCGCAUAUAAAGCUGAAGCUGCCGAGUUGCAGAAACAGCUUAGGCAUCUGCAGUCCCAGUUCGACAUGCUCACUUCCCAUUCUUCGGCUUUGAUACAGGGGAGACGAGCAAGAGUUGCCGCAACCUCUACUGUCAAUGGGCACCUUACAACCUUAGAUGACAGUCUUUCGGCUAGAAAUUUACAGAUGAAUGCAGUUCUGGGAAGGAUAGCUUCUACCGCACAAGAGUUGGCUCAUUAUCAUUCUGGGGAUGAGGAUGGCAUCUACUUAGCUUACUCUGACUUUCAUCCAUACUUGCUGGGAGAUUCAGCUUGUAUAAAGGAGCUAAAUCAGUGGUUUUCUAAACAACUGGACACGGGUCCAUUUCGAUUAGUUGCCGAGGAAGGAAAAUCAAAAUGUUCGUGGGUAAGUCUUGACGAUGUCUCAAAUAUAUUAGUACGAGCAGAUUUAGAAAAAUCCCAUCAUCAACGUGUAUCUGAAUUACAACGGCUUCGCUCCAUAUUUGGAACGAGUGAAAGACAGUGGGUAGAAGCCCAGGUUGAGAAUGCUAAGCAGCAAGCGGUUCUCAUGACACUGAAAUCACAAGUAGCAUCAGAUGAAGCUCAUAUUCAUCUUGAUCUUCAUUCGCUCAAAAGAAAGCACGUUGAACUGGUGGGAGAACUCUCGAAUCUUUAUCAUAAAGAAGAGAAGUUGUUAUCUGAGGCUAUUCCGGAUCUUUGUUGGGAGCUGGCUCAACUCCAAGACACAUACAUUUUACAAGGUGAUUAUGAUUUGAAGGUCAUGCGCCAAGAAUUCUAUAUUAACAGACAGAAAGCAUUCAUAAAUCAUCUGAUCAAUCAGCUUGCAAGGCAUCAGUUCCUAAAAAUAGCCUGUCUGCUGGAAAAGAAGACCAUGCUUGGAGCAUAUUCACUGCUUAAAGUUAUUGAGUCAGAGCUUCAGGGAUACCUAUCAGCAACCAGAGGCCGAGUGGGUCGUUGCCUGGCACUGAUUGAAGAUGCUUCUGAUGUACAAGAGCAAGGCGCAGUGGAUGAUCGUGACACUUUUCUGCAUGGUGUUAGAGAUCUUUUAAGUAUUCAUUCAAAUGCUCAAGGUGGGCUGUCAACAUAUGUAUCUGCUCCUGGGAUUGUUCAGCAGAUAUCUGCUCUUCAUUCAGACUUAAUGACCCUUCAGUCUGAUCUUGAAAAUUCUCUUCCAGGGGAUAGAAAUAGAUGCAUCAAUGAGCUGUGCACUCUUAUUCAAAGUUUGCAGCAAUUAUUAUUUGCAUCUUCAACAACUGCACAACCAAUAUUGACACCCCGGCCAUUAAUGAAAGAGCUUGAUGAAAUGGAAAAGAUCAACGCAAAACUAUCUGUUGCAGUGGAGGAAGUAACACUGGAGCACUGUAAGAAAAAUGAGAUUAUUAAACAUCAUUCUCAGGAGGUUGGGCUUCAAAGGCGAGUUUUUGUUGACUUCUUUUGCAAUCCUGAACGCUUGAGGAGCCAAGUCCGAGAAUUGACUGCUCGUGUCAGAGCCUUACAAGUUUCUUAAUCCCUUGGUCUGUUUUCUUCCAAAAUUAUAGGUUAGAGUGAAUCAUUGUUAUUGUUAUGUAAUUAGAGCAAUAUUGUGUUUAAAAAAACAAAAAAAAAAAAAAAACAAGGGAUGUGUAUCAGAUUUAUUGAAGUAAUACGCACGUGGGAUUGGAUGAUUGUGAACAUUAAGAUAAGAAACUCCUAAGUUGGAUGCGAGUAUUAGUAUAGAAUGCUUAUAAUUGGCAAUGUUUUACAAUAUUAAUUUUUCUCUUGAAGUAAUUAAUUUAGUUCCUUCCAGGGGAAAAAUAUUUGAA